GUUGGUUGCAAAAACUUUUACCAGCUGCAAGGUUCUUGAGAACUUUGUUGAUGUUUUUUGAUUUUGGCGUUUGAAUAAUGCUUUGAUAUAAGAAAAGAAGGGGAAGUGAAAAAGGUUACUGGUUAUGACUAGUUUUGACAAUUAACUCCCUCCUUCCCACCAUAAUUAACUCUUAUUACAAUUGCCUGUCACCUGUCAUAGCUUACAGGUAAUUAAUUCGUUAGUUUUAUGUUUGUGGUGUAGUAAACAGUACUUUAAAUGCACUUAAGAAUGUUAAAGUGGCUUUUGGUAGACUGUAAGUUUACAAUGUUUAAAGACGUUCUGAAGACUGAUUCUUUUACUGGGUAACAGAGUAUUCCCAACAGUAAACAGUAUGCAACCUCACUUAUUAAGAGUUUUUCAAACCGGAUUUCUAGUUAAUUUAUUUAUGUUAAUCGGUUAUGGGGCUGUAAAUUUAAUUCCUUGUGAUAAAACACGCCAGAUUCUCACUUCUUCAUGGGGUGUUAUAACUGAUGGUCCUUCUGAAUCUAAUUACACCCAAGAUACUCAUUGUGAAUGGCUAAUCAAGGCUAAUACUGUUAACAACAGUAAAUUUAUUACUCUUAGUUUUUCAAGUAUGGGAACAGAAUGUUCUUAUGACUAUGUCUUUGUUUAUGAUGGGGAUUCAUUCAGUUCCCCACUAUUGGGAAGCUUUAGUGGAAAGACUGAACCCGAAAAAUUAGUAGCCUCCUCAGGACAUAUGUUAAUUUUAUUAUAUAGUGACACCAAUUAUGUUUUAAAAGGUUUUAGGGCUGAAUACUUUAUAACAGACUGUCCUAACAAUUGUUCACAACAUGGAGUUUGCUAUAAAAAUGCUUGUGUAUGUGAAAGUGACUGGGGAGAUAUAGACUGUUCUAAACGACUGUGCCCUGAGGAUUGUGGAAAGCAUGAAGGUCAUGGUAAAUGUGUGGGAGGUAGGUGUCAAUGCAAUACAGGAUUCUCAGGGCAGUCCUGUAGUCUCAAUGAUGUGGAUAGUAAAAUGGGAAACCAGUGGCAUUGGUUAACUCACUCAAGAGGAGGUCUAACACCAAGAGCAGCACAUUCUGCAGUUUAUGUUGAAUCAACUGAUUCUCUCUAUGUUUUUGGAGGAUAUAAUCUCAAUAAAGUAUUGAGUAACUUAGAAUUAUACAAUUUUCAAAAUAGCACUUGGACUGAUGAAAACGGUCAUGUAUUAAUUGAUAAAAGCUUGGUCAAUUAUUUAGAACCAAGUGCAAUAGCACACUUUGUAAGAGAAUCUGGGCCUGGCUGGGAACAGAAGUUUGGUUUACAUGAAGGAAAUUCUUUUUUAAAAAGUUUCUUGUUAUCUCAACUGUCUGUCCAUGACAAUACUACAUUUGCUAAAAGAAAACAGAGGCACUCAGAAUCAAAUGAAAAAUUGUCUCCAUUACCACGAUAUGGUCAUGCUGCCUGUGAAACAAGCCACGGUUUUGUUAUUUAUGGAGGAAAAUUAGAAAAUAAUAGCUUAUCAAAUGAAUUAUGGCAGUACAACAUUAAUAGACGUAAAUGGGAAUUAAGAGCACACCUGUCUGAUUUCAAACCACCACCAUUAGCACGUCACACAUUAACAUAUGCAAAUGGUGUAAUUUAUCUUUUUGGUGGAAGCACAGAAACCGGCGACUUUUCAUCAAAACUGUAUAGCAUUACAUUAUCCCCAACACGAGAUGAGGUGUGGAAAGAAAUACGACCCAGGGGUGGAAAACAGUUAGAUAUAAGGAUAAUUGCCCAUGCAACAGUAUAUUACAGUAUCACUAAUUCUCUUCUUGUCUAUGGAGGCAUUACUGCAGGUGUUGCAAGGUUUUCUAAGCUCUCUGAUCAUAUGUAUAUGUUUCAAUUAGAUAAGCGACAAUGGAGUGAAAUUCAUUAUACACGAGAGCACCUCAGAGAAAAAUAUGUACCUAGAGAAAGGGCUUUUCAUACAGCUAAUAUAAUGGGUAACUAUUUAGUUAUAUUUGGUGGUUAUACACAUAGACACAAUAAAGAAGAAAUCUGUUAUGAUAAUCAGAUGUACUUGUAUCAUUUGGGCUGUCACAUAUGGGUUAAUCCAGAAAUAUUAGGAAGACGAAAUAAUUCAUAUUAUCCAAAAAAGCAAGGAGUUUUCGCGCAUGCUUCUGCAGUACGACAUAAGAAUGUUUUGUUACUAGUAGGAGGCUAUCAUGGAAAUGUAAAUGGAGAUCUCUUAGCCUAUGUAGUUCCUCCAAUGAUUACUACAAAAAAAGAAGAGCAAUACGAUCCAGAAGGUGCUUGCUUUUGGCAUAAGAAUUAUGCAGAAUGCUCUGCUGAUCCUGAAUGUGGAUGGUGUUCUGCUGAUGAAAUAUGCUAUGGUCGCACCAUAGGUGCAAACUGUACUACCAAUUUACAAACAACUCGUUGUCCUGGAAUUUGUCCUGCCCUUGGUGACUGUCAUUCUUGCCUAAUUCAAGGACCUAUACAGCCAAAACGAAAGGCGCUGAUGAGUUCAGCGGCAUACAAAUUAGGGCUGAGCGAAUGUAUAUGGUGCGUACAAAAUGCUAGGUGUCACUACAAAGAUGAUAAUUACGGUGUUUGUGGUUUAUGGGAGGAUGAUCUUAAUCAAAUUAGAGGUUGGUGGGGUACAAAAGGAACAGAAAUCUUAAUACCUGAAAAAUGUCGAGAGAUGGAUAGACGACCUGGUCUUACUUUCGUUCGUUAUUAUCAUCCUGUAAAUAUUUCCCAGCCGGACUUUGUAACAAUUAUUAAUGCGACAAUAGUUGAUUUUACUGGUCCUCUGUGGAUCCGCGCUGAUCAAAAUUCUACGGUCGAAAUGGUAGCUCGUCUGCUGGGUUUUUUAAGACCUCAAAUAGAAUCACGUGAACACUUGAAAGCUUGCGCUAGUUACAGUUCGGCGUGGUUGACAUUAAAUAAUAAGCCUAUUUUUAAUAUAAGUUCAGAACAUAAGCAAUGUCAACAGCAGUUAUGGCCAGAGAAAGAAUUUUCAGAAAGAGUUGCGGUUGAUUUUAGAGCUGAAAAGAUACGAACGGAAUUGAAUCCAUACAGUCAGUAUCAAAGUCGAAUGGAAUUGCUUCAUUUUAAAGACAAGGAAACUUCGAAGGUGUUUACAUUUGAGUACUUGGAGCCUUUUUCAAACGGUACCUGUUCUCAGUAUAAAAAUUGUUUACAUUGUCUUACCGAUUCCAUGUGCGGAUGGUGCGAAGCAAGAGGGCAGUGCAUAUCUCGUGAUGAAAAUGAAAACAUAACGUGCACUUCUGAAGAUGGUGAUUGGUAUUUUCUCACAUUACAACCCAAUCUUUGUUCUAAUUGUUCGAAUUAUAUAUCCUGUAGCAGUUGUGUGGAAACAGGUUUGUGUGAAUGGUGGGUGGACGAAUCUCGUUGUUUUCGUAUCGGUCGAAACUCAAAAGCUGUUAAGAACUUUGAUGAAUGUCCGGCUCCAUGUUACAAAAGGUCAAAUUGUUCGACCUGUAUUGAAGAAAGAGGUCGUUGUGUGUGGUGCGAAGCAACCCAACAAUGCUUUAGUUUUUCUGUGUAUACUAGCGAAUAUCAGUUCGGUAUUUGUCGCGAAUGGCUUGAUCAACCAUUCCCUCAAAUUUCUGCUCACGAUCCAAAUCAUAAUGAUGUAGAUUCAAUAAGACAACAAGACAAGUGUAAGUCGUGUGCCCACUUUCAAAAUUGCUCAUCUUGUUUAGGAUCUUUAUCUUGUGGUUGGUGCUACAAUCUUUCUAACCCUAUAUCUGGUGUAUGCGCCAAAGGUGACUUUAACACACCUGCAUUAAAUUGUUCUGAUCUUUUGAAAGUUUCUGAUGCCGGAUGGGCUUAUGCUCAGUGUCCAGAUGUGGACGAAUGUGGCCUAGGCAUUCACGACUGUCACCCAAACGCUACUUGUACCAACACAGACGGCUCUUUCAGCUGUCAUUGCAAACGAGGAUUCAUCGGCAACGGUCGAACGUCUUGUGUUCGUACCUGCAUUAAUGUAUGCGUACAUGGUGUUUGCGAAGGAGAGGGUGAAGAAUAUGCAUGUAAAUGUAAACUGGGCUGGACGGGAGAUGAUUGUUCAAUUAAUUGCGGGUGUAACAAUCAUUCGAGCUGCCCAAGAGGUGUCGGUAUUUGUGAAGAUUGUCAAGACUGGACGAUGGGGGAAUUUUGUGACUACUGCAAACCUGGAAGCUAUGGAAACGCGACAUCUAUGGCAGGUUGCCGUAAAUGUGAUUGUAAUGGCCACGGUAUUGAAGAAUUGGGCGAAUGUGAUAUCGACACUGGAGAGUGUUAUUGUAAGGAUAAUACUGAAGGAAAACAUUGUGAAAAAUGCAAAUUAAAUUAUUACGGUGAUCCCCGCAACAAUGGCCAGUGUUAUUAUCAAUGCGAAGCUCGUGGUAUGCUGACAAGUUUAGAAGGACAAGGUAUCAGUUCCAGGCAGUCUUAUAGUGCUCCAUGGGGAGGACCACCCACCAGAGAGUGUCUUUGGAUUAUUAGUCCAGAGGUUGAUUACGGAUCAGUGAUUAUACAACUUCAGAUAAAUGCCACAGAAAUGAACGUAUCAUGUGGUGACAAUGCUAUUUAUGUUUAUGAUGCUCUGCCAGAACUUGUGGAUGUGAGCAGCCAAAGUGCUCUUUCAGCAGUAUUUUGUUCCCAAGAAGCUCUCCCAACUGCUGUUGUAGAAUCUCGAACAGGUCAUUUGACUGUUUACUACAAACAAGGUCACCACAGAGAGGGCUUUAAUGCAGCUUACAGAAUUCUAACAUGCGAAAAUUGUACUGAACCGCGAAAAUGUGAAAAAGGCCAAUGCGUGUGCGAUGAAAAUUUUGUAGGACCUAACUGCGAAGAUCCCCUUUGUCCUAAUAACUGUAGUUAUACUUUGGGUCAGGGACAAUGCGACAAAGCAUAUGGGAGGUGUAUCUGUUCACCAGGAUGGCGAGGUCCGUCGUGUAUGACUAAGUUAACUGGUAAAGAAUUAGUGUUUACGGAACUUUUUAACACGGCUCAUUUAACGGAUCAUUUGGAACAUCUGCGUAAAACUCUUCCCCGCUUUGGCCAUACCCUUUCGUCGGAUCGUAGAGGUUCCCUAUGGAUGUUCGGGGGUUAUUCCCUUUCACACGGUCCUUUAAACGACAUUCGACUUUUCGAUAUUCGUAAUAGUACUUGGAUGCAAGUUACAAUUGAUACAACACCUGACGCCAAAAUGCCCGAAGGGCGUUUCUUUCACGCUGCUGAUGUUGUACAUUCGAGACAAUCAAUUUUUGUAUACGGUGGUCUUACGAAGUCUUCGAAAUCAUCAAACAGUCAAACUUUGGACGAUUUUUGGGAGUUUAGUAUUCAAACGCAACGGUGGUCAAUGAUAGAGAAAAACGAUAAAUGGCCACCUCCAGUCGCAGGACAUACUUUUACGUUUUACCGUAACGCUUCCUAUGAAAGUUUGAUUCUCAUCGGUGGGGUCUCGCCUCAACAUGGUUUUCUGAGCGAGGUGUGGGAGUUCCGAUUGGAUAAAGAACAGUGGCAUUCAUGGAGAACAAAAGGACCUAGUCCUAUGGGAAUAUUUGCUCACAGCACUGUUUUCCAUUCACAAAGCAAUAGUUUAUACGUCUUCGGAGGUUACGAAUACAUGGCACAACAAUCCGUUCUGUCAAACAAACUGUAUAUGCUCAAUUACGAAUCUAAAACGUGGACGAAUUUAAAUUUAUUUGGCUCAUCUAUUAAUAUCCCACGCCCAAGGUAUUUCCACUCAGCAGUAACAACUGAUACACACAUGAUAGUACUAGGGGGUCGAUUAUCACCGUGGAAUGUUACAGACACAAUGUAUGCUUUUUCUUACAACUGUAAUCAAUGGAUAAACUUUAUUUCUGAAGGUAUAGACAAAAUUGGCCCGCUUCCUGGACAAAUUUACGCUCAAGCAAUGGCUAUCGAACCGGAUGGUGAUGCUGCCUACGUUAUAGGCGGUUGGGGAAGUGAUUCGCAAUUCUUCGUACUGAAAAUAGAGUUUCCCAGCGAUCUGUGUUCUCUUUGGAGUACCAGACACUAUUGUCUUCAAGUUCCGGGUUGCGGGCACUGUUUUCUCAAGAAAGAUGAGGAGAAAAUAUUGGAAAUGUGCUACAAUAAUUUCAAAACACAAUGUCCUAUAUCUAACUCUGUAACAGGAGUAGAAGUCCAUGAUAAUAAGGGAAAAGUAUGCGAUGGCACCAUUAUAUCAGGCGAUUGUUUGUCUUUACAUGACUGCACCAGUUGUGUACAAGUUCCAAAUUGCUACUGGUGUGGUAAUUUAUGUAUGACAAACAAAAGCUGUUCCGAUGAAGCUGCCGAUUCUCUUAAACAGUGUCCGUAUAAUGUUUGUUUGGCGGCUGAUUGUAUGCAAUGUCAACAAAUGUAUGGUUGUGACUGGAGCUACUCUCGGCGUCUUUGUGUGCCAGUUGAAAAAGAGAUCUACGGAGCAAAUACUUGUCCAGCAUUGUGUUCUCAUUAUACUUCAUGCAGUACAUGUCUAAAUGAAGCUGACUGUCGAUGGUCAACACAACUUAACGAAUGCUUAUCUGCAUCAUAUCAACAGAUGUAUUGUACCGGAGGAAUUUGUGGUUUAGUUUUACACACAAGUGAAAAGGCAUAUUGCCCAGAACCAUGUAACUCAAUUACACAGUGUUCAAGAUGCUUGAGACAUGCUCACUGUGGUUGGUGUGCGCAAGAUAACAUCUCCGGAAUUGGCGUGUGUACAGAAGGUUCCAAUGAUAGACCUAUUUCCGGUACAUGUAAUGAUGUCGUCAAGGAAGGAGCACAAUUGAAUUCAUCUUUACAUUACGUUGAAAACAUCACCUACACUUGGCAUUACGUCAAGUGUCCACCGGAAAAUGAAUGUGAUAAUGGCCAUCAUACAUGUAAUCCAGAUUCGGAGGUAUGCAUUGAUUUAAUUGAAGGAUUCCAGUGUAUCUGUGGGGAAGGUUACAAUGCCACGGAAACUGGAUGCAAACCUGUAUGUUCAUCAGGUUGUGUACGUGGCCAAUGUGUGCAACCCAACGUUUGUCAGUGUGAUUUCGGAUAUGUCGGAGCCAAUUGUAGUAUCCAGUGUCAGUGCAACGGUCAUUCUAACUGUGAGGGCCCCGAUAAACUUGAUAAAUGCAUUCUUUGUCAUAAUAACACUUUGGGUGCACAAUGCGAAAAAUGUCAACCAUUAUAUGUUGGCGAUCCUACUAACGGUGGAAAAUGCACAUCUUGUUUAGAAUAUUGUCAUGGACACAGUCCUAUAUGCGUCGAUGAUAACAGUACAGAUCCAGAACCACCUGAAGACUUAGAACUCGAAGAUGUUGCACGGUUUUUAAAAGAAGGACCUAAAGAUUCGGCCAGAUGUUUAAGAUGUACAAAUUAUACGAAAGGCAUAAGAUGUGAUGAAUGUAUUGAAGGAAACUUUAGAGGAUCAGAUGAUCUUACUGAUGCAUGUAGAACAUGCGAAUGUAACGGUCAUGGCGAUGUAUGCGAUCCGGUUACUGGAGAAAAUUGCAAUUGUAAGAAUAACACCGAAAGCGAAACAUGUUCUAGUAGCACAUCUGGACGAAAUUCCGCCCAACCCUGCUGGAUGCUGCAAUGUUCCAAGUGUAAAGAAGGUUAUCACGGCACCCCCAAAGCUGGACAUCAGUGUUACAAAACAAUGAGUAUUCAUACCAAUCCAAAGAUGUGUUUCGAUGCAAAGCCGUUAGACGACUGUAAAACAAAACCUAAGCCUCUAUAUCCUGGAGAAAUGGUCUUCUUCGUUGUGCAGCCUCAUUUUUCGAAUGUAGAUAUCCGUAUAAUAAUAGAUGUAACAAAAGGAGCAUUGAAUGUUUUUGUAAGUACACAUGAUGAUACGUAUGUAAUUUAUCCGAAUACCAGUACUGGAUGGUUGGAUAUUAAACUGGAUUCGGUAUACGGGUUCUGGGAAAAUGGUUCGCAAAAGACUAGUGACAUGUUUAUUGAAAAUGAAGCUACAGGGUUAAGGACUUAUGUUACCGUUAAACAACCCAAGCCUGUGCUAGCAAUAAGAAACGUAAGGGACAGACUUGUCAUAACGUUACCAGAGGAACACCACAUCUUGAACCAAACGAGGUUCUAUGUAAUAUUACAAGCAUUGGAUCCGCCUGAGAAUGACGAAAAAGUAUCCUACGGUCUCAUAUUUUUCCGUCAAGAUCAGUUACAUAUUGACCUCUUCGUAUUCUUUUCUGUUUUCUUCUCGUGUUUCUUCCUUUUUCUGGCCGCCUGUGUAGUUGCUUGGAAAGCAAAACAAGCAGCAGAUGUGCGUCGAGCUCGGCAACGGCACGUAGUCGAAAUGCUGCACAUGGCUAAAAGACCAUUCGCCGCAAUUACACUCAAUUUGACAGUAAAACCACCAAAACCUUCCAAAUUGUCUUCGUGCGAUUUACGGCCGAUUGCCAUCGAACCAACAAGUGAUAGUUUAGCAGCCGUGGCAACAGUUUUUGUUAGUUUACCUGGUAAUCACAGUACUCCUGUUAAAUUGGCCUUGGCGUCAUGCCUUAUCUCAUUUCCAAUAAACCGCCAGUAUUUUUUAAGGAGGCAUUCUAUAUAUUCCCCAUCUGCAGUUUAACAAUUAAACACUUCUCAUUCAAAUUUUCAUUCGUGAUCAUUCAUAUAGACAUAGUUCCGUGUAAAUAUGUACAUGUAACAUGUAAAUAUAAGUAUU